AUGAGGCAAGGUGAGGCGUUGGAGCCAGUCCGCGGCGCCUGUCCCCCGGGAGCUGACUCCAGGGCUGUUUCUCAGCUUUCUGGCCGGGGAGUCCCGCACCAGCUGACCACGUCUCUGGCUUCAGUUCUCGGCCCUCAGCACCCAUCCCCCACCCCUGCCCUCAGACGCCAAAGUGUUUUCAGGCAGCAGCUGAGUUCUUUGUGGUGGACCCUGGUUCCACUGUUCUUUGGGCUCAGGGCAACAUUUUGGUUGGCCGGUCCCCAGAGGAGACAGCAGCAGCGGGGUAAGGAAUCAAAAGAUGAGAAGCAAGAGGAAGAUGACAAUCUGUCCACCACUCCCACCAGUGUCAACUAUCAUUUCACACGUCAGUGCAACUAUAAAUGUGGCUUCUGCUUCCACACUGCCACAACGUCCUUUGUGUUGCCUCUGGAGGAGGCCAAGAGAGGGCUGCUGUUGCUUAAGGAUGCAGGUAAGCCCAAGAUGAAAGAUUCCUACCUUAUUCUGGAUGAAUAUAUGCGCUUUCUGAACUGUAGAAAUGGACGGAAGGAUCCUUCUAAGUCCAUCCUGGAUGUUGGAGUAGAAGCAGCUAUAAAAUUCAGUGGAUUUGAUGAGAAGAUGUUCCUAAAGCGAGGAGGAAAAUACGUAUGGAGCAAAGCAGAUCUGAAGCUGGACUGGUAAAGUUGGAAGUGGAAGAGACCACCAGCCCGUCUGGAGGAAAUUAUUACCCAAGUUCAAAGUGUGGCUGUAGUCCUCAGCAAUACUAUGUGUUGGCCUUUCUCAGUGGUCAGAAAUCUGAUUUCCUUUUGCACGUGACAUCUGGUUAUCUGCGGCAGCUAAACACAUAAAUAACUUGGAUAGUUAAAAUCCAGAGAGAAUGCAAAAACUUUAACUUGAGUUAAUUAGUUUCUUACCUUAUUGCUGGUGAAAAAGGACCCCAGUUCUGGGGCUUGAUUUACUUAGAAAUGGGGAAUACAGAAGAACAGUCACAACAACAGAAGCCUAGGUAAGCUAUGUAUAUGCAGCUUUUAUAAUCCAGUUCAAAGAAAUAGGUUUGAACAAUAUUUGUAGAGUGAGUAUUUCAUGUGGAUUUGAUUUUUGUGAGCGAUGUACAUUAGGACUUCGGGAUUUCAGUUUUGAAGUAUCGUUUUUCCAGUUUUAUUCCUUUAACAGAGUCCGUUCUUUUCUGGUAAAUAUUAUUGAGAUGCCAGUUUUCACAUCUAGAAAACUUGCAAAAUCUCUCCUACAUUUGUUUCUUCUUGCUGUGCAAUACUAUCCUUUUCUGCCUUUAUACCGUUGCAGUCUUUGACUUGUAACCCAGCAGUUUAGGAACAAUCAGCAGAAGUCUCUGACAUUAACAAUCUUACCGGUUUCCAAUGAGAUACAUAGGAGGACAGGAUAGAGGUCAGGAUGCUUUGGCAUGGUCCCUGCCCACAGUGACUAUCCAAGGAAUGCUGGUUAUCUAGGUCGCCCCCCUUUCUCUUCAGAGAUUCUAACAAAACCAUGUUUUACAUUCCAUGAUGAAGUUGACAUGGGGUCAGUCCUUGGAUUGUUGGGUGAACCUAUUACUCAAGCCACAUGAGUCUGUCAAAACAAAAACAUAUGAGUUUAUUUGAGUCAAUGGUUGCCACCAUAACUCUGAUAAAUGACAGUGUGAUGACUUGGCAUGUGUUGUUCUAGAAAGCACCAAAGCCAUGCUGGGAAAGAUUACUGUGGAGCACAUAGAAUGU